AUGAGGUCUGCCACUCUCCUCUCCCUCCUCUCCUGUAUAUCCCUCUCCACGGCAGCAAUAUGCUACUUCCCCGACGGCCACGAAGGCGACGACACAUACCAAACAUGUCCCAACGCCGGCGGGAAACAGAGCAUGUGCUGUGCCAGCAAUCGAGACAAUCCUUCACCCGGUAAUGCCACCCACGGGCCUACCUCGGACACCUGCCUGCCAAAUGGGAUGUGCAUGAAUAUCUCGGAUGCACCAGACGACGAUGGAAAUUAUUACACGAUUACGGCUUACUGGCGCGAUUUGUGCACGACGACGGACUGGUCGGAUGGUGGGGGGUGUUUGAAUGUGUGUACGAAAGAAUCGGAUCCCGUCAAUGGCUCGGAUAGUAUUGCGCGAAUGACACCCUGCAACGGCAAGUCGAAUUCCCCGACUUGGUGCUGUGGGAGGGAAAACUAUGACUGCUGCAAUACGACGAGUGCUAUCUCGAUCGAUCAACUAUUCGGUGCUUCUUCAACUUCUACUACAUCAUCGCCAACCUCAUCGCCAACCUCAUCACCAACCUCAACCUCAACCUCAAGCACAUCAUCCCCGCCAUCACCAUCUCCAACAUCCCUCUCAUCCGGCCUAUCAGUCGGCACAAAAGCAGCAAUGGGAGUCGGCUGUGCCUCGGCCAUAAUCAUAAUCUUCACAUUCAUGUUCGUUCUCCUCCGACGACGCCAGAGAAUGAAAAAUAGCAACAGAAACAGCAUCAUGCCACGAAGCGAAGGAACACCCCCGCCAGUUAUCUAUUCUCCACCACCACAAAAACCCGUGCGGGAGAGGAUACAAGCCGCGCCUAGUGAGCUGGGCGGGACUAGGAUCCAUGAGAUAUCGACACGAUCGGAGAGUACAAAUAUAAGGCAUGAGUUGGAUGGGUGA